AUGCCAGAUGGCACGGCCGUGGUGACACGCCAGGCGUCGCCGUCGCUCGCAGUUGCCGUCUUCCGCUUUCCGCAGCGGCACCCCCGGGCCGCGGGCUUCUUCCUGGUGUGGCUUCUGGGACUGUAUUGCGCGUUCCUGGCUCGUCCACCCGCCAUUACUGACGAGCAGACAACGGCAUUCAAAGUCAAAGUCCAGGAGGCGGAGGUCAUUUUGGGAGAGCUGGCACGGGCGGAGCAGGUGCUGAUGGAGGCGGAGCUUGAGCAGCAGCAGUUCAAGGUGUGGUUCUGGCGGUUCAAGCCCGAGGCGCGGACGGAGGUGGAGGCGCGGCAGCCGGCGGUGGAUGCCGCGCGAGCUGUGGCGCGGGAGAUACAGGGGCGGCGGGACAAGGUGCUGCGGGAGGCCAAGGCGGUCCUGGGGCUGUGGUCGGAGGCCGGCGUGGAGGAGGGGAGGGAGCUGUUUUGGGAGUCGUUCAACUCGGGCAAGGUGUUUGCCCAGCGCCAGACCUUCAUCGACAGCAUCUUCACCAUCCUCGACUCCCGGGACCGAGACUGGAUCAGCAUGCUGCUGCAGCUGCUGUUCCAGACCCUCAUCAACUUCUUCACGGGCCUCUGCGCCAGCGUCUUCAUCUUCCUGCUGCAGCUGCCCUCCCUCAUCUGGAGCUACCAGGCCUCCGUGUGGAGCGCCGUCAGCUUCUUUGCGCUGGCGGGGGUGGCGGCGGUGAGCGUGGUGGCAGCCUACCUCGGCCUGCUGUUUGGCGCGGGCGGGGUCGUGGCCUACUCCACCGUCCACCUGGUGGUGCAGCAGGCGGCGCGGCUGGAGGCGGGGCGCGAGCAGCAGCGGCGGCGCCUCGACUACGACCGCCGUGAGCACCACGACUAG